CUCUUCCACGGACCCCCAUCCCGGAGCUGGAGAAGGGAGGUUGCUCGGGCCGGACCCAGUGGUGGUGCUGGUGGCGGCGGCCCGAGCAGGCGGGCAUGGGGGGCUGCCUUUCCUCACAGGCGGCCGAUGACCUUUCGUUGCUCAACGACUCCACGGGCGACGGGGCGAGCCUUGGGCCUGGGGAUCCCCCCCCACCGCCCACCUCUGCUUCGCUGCCCCCCUACCAGGAACAUGCACCAAUUCCAGUAUAUCAUCCAACGCCCAGCCGGCCACGUCUUGCCACACAAUUGACAGAAGAGGAGCAGAUCCGUAUCGCUCAGAGGAUUGGACUAAUCCAACACCUUCCCAAAGGAAUCUUUGAUCCAGGCUCAGAGCCAUCAGAAAAGAAAAUUAAAGAGUGUGUGAUCUGCAUGCUGGAUUUCGUAUAUGGAGACCCAAUCCGGUUCCUGCCAUGCUUGCACAUCUACCAUGUACAUUGUAUUGAUGACUGGUUAAUGCGAUCAUUCACAUGUCCUUCGUGCAUGGAGCCAGUUGAUGCUGCUCUGUUGUCCUCCUAUGAGACUAACUGAGGUGGCACCAUGCCCUGCUCUUGUUAAUGCUUCCAGACUGGGGCUAUGUGGGAGGCUGGGAGGUGACACUUUUUUUUUUUGCACACUUCUGGGAUACACCAAAGAAUUCUGUGGCAAAGAACUCUGGUCCCAGACCUCAGAGACAAUGCAGAGCCAUUUUGGGCUUGGCUGGCUGUACUAAAGGCUGAUUCGUGCCGUAAUUGAGAAUUUGUACCCAAACUUGGUGAGAAAAUGGCAGAGCCAGAGUUGUCCUUUCACUCCUUCCACAAAUGAUUUUAAGGUGGUCAAGAUAGUUGUUUGAAAUAAUUCUUUGCUCUCAUGUCCCUGUUUCCCCAGUUGAGUUAGGGUUUGGUUUAUGGAUCUCAAAGACAAUACCUUAGGAUUUCACUUUAGAGGAAUUCUAGGGUUCUGGCUCUGGCUAGUUUGUGGUGAAAUCUGGGGCUUUCUCAAAAGCAUUUUUAGCACUUGCUCUUUCAUUGCAUGGGAGGAGUGGUGAUUAGUAUAACUGGGUGGAAACAGCAGUGUUGUUCAUAUGCAUUGCUGACCACUGUUAAGUGUAUGUGCUGCACUGCAGAAAACAAGCCUACAAAACAGUUCUUUGUGGGACACUGAGAAGCAGAAACAUUGGCAGUAGAGCUGUUUGAGUCUGGGGUUAGUUGAAGGAAGAGUACUUCUAUUUCAAGGUUGUUUCAGCUAAAGCGAGUGCCCAUAAGAAUGCCCCGCUUCCCUUGCUCUUUUCUGCUUUUAGUUUUUUUUUUCCAGUCAAGAUGGGAGUUUUUAUCCAUUCUGAAGCUUUUGCAGGUUCAGCGUACACCCCUGCUCAUGUUCAGAAGUUUAUAGAAGAAGACUAUGCCAGAUCAAUAGAAAAGUUUUGUCACUUUACUAAAACAGAUUUAGAGAAGCAAACAGUAUUUCUCCCACACUCAAAUUCUCAUUCAGGUGUAGUUAACUGUAUUUCUGUUUGAUAAGCAAAGAUUGCUCACAGUUCAGAAUUUCUCCAUAAAAUUAUCUAACAGAAGCAGCAUUGACACUUUUCAGACAAUUUGAUAGUGCCUGUAUGGCACAAGUGUUGGAAAAGCUAUUUGUAAAUAAUUUUUAUAGAAGGUUGGUGAUUCAGUACAAUGAAUCCUUUCUAGAUUGACGAUGGGUUAAGGCACUCAAGUGCACUACUACUAAAAAGGGUGAAGACUUUUGCUUGGCUGUUUGCCCACUGUUUACUGUUUGCCUUACACAAGUUCAAGUGAAACCCCUUGUCUCAUAGAAAUCUGCUAGUGCAGCCCAUUGGUUAGUGCCAUGCAGCAAGUUCCCCCAUUUGGAAAGGCUGCCCUUAGUCAUGCUCUAUUGUUUAUUGCCUUGCAGGUGGAGAGGCGUGAAAAGUGCUUUUCUGAUUAUGUAUUAUCCUUAACAAGGAUUUAGCACUUCAAAGUAAAACCAAUGUAUAUUGCAUUCAAAUAAAAUAAGAUUGCCUAUAA